CUGUGCGACCUCUGCGAGUAGUAACAGCGGAUACCUGUCUGUUUCACUAUUUAGUCCCUCCUCCUACCUCUCCGUCUUCCAAAUCUGUGAGUACACCAAGUGAGGCUGGAAGCCAGGACUCUGGUGAUGGCGCUGUUGGAUCUAGACGUGGACCUCUUAAACUUGGAAUGGCCAAAAUUACACAAGUUGACUUUCCUCCUCGAGAAAUUGUUACAUAUACAAAGGAGACGCAAACACCUGUUAUGACUCAGCCAAAGGAAGAUGAGGAAGAUGAAGAUGAUGUGGUUGCACCAAAACCGUUAGUUGAACCUGAGGAAGAAAAAACAUUAAAAAAAGAGGAGGAGGAAGAAGCUGCACCUCAUGAACUUACAGAAGAGGAAAAACAACAGAUUCUGCAUUCUGAAGAAUUUUUAAGUUUCUUUGACCACUCCACGAGGAUUGUUGAAAGAGCCCUUUCUGAGCAAAUCAACAUUUUCUUUGACUACAGUGGAAGAGACUUAGAAGACAAAGAAGGAGAGAUUCAAGCAGGAGCAAAACUGUCCUUAAAUAGGCAGUUUUUUGACGAACGUUGGUCAAAGCAUCGUGUUGUCAGUUGUUUGGACUGGUCAUCUCAGUACCCAGAAUUACUUGUAGCCUCUUACAACAACAAUGAGGAUGCACCUCAUGAGCCUGAUGGGGUGGCCCUUGUAUGGAAUAUGAAGUACAAGAAAACUACCCCAGAGUAUGUCUUUCACUGCCAGUCAGCAGUGAUGUCAGCUACAUUUGCAAAAUUUCAUCCCAAUCUGGUGGUUGGUGGCACAUACUCAGGCCAAAUAGUGCUAUGGGAUAAUCGCAGCAAUAAGAGAACCCCAGUGCAGAGAACUCCACUUUCGGCUGCUGCUCACACGCACCCAGUAUACUGUGUAAAUGUCGUUGGGACCCAGAAUGCUCAUAAUUUGAUUAGUAUCUCAACUGAUGGGAAAAUAUGCUCUUGGAGUCUGGACAUGCUUUCCCAGCCACAGGAUAGCAUGGAGCUCGUUCACAAACAGUCCAAGGCUGUGGCUGUUACAUGCAUGUCCUUCCCUAUUGGAGAUGUCAACAACUUUGUUGUUGGCAGUGAAGAAGGUUCAGUGUACACUGCAUGCCGUCAUGGCAGCAAAGCUGGAAUCAGUGAGAUGUUUGAAGGACACCAGGGACCAAUCACGGGUAUCAACUGCCAUGCAGCAGUUGGACCUGUAGACUUCUCACAUCUUUUUGUCACCUCUUCUUUUGACUGGACAGUAAAGCUUUGGACAACUAAGAAUAACAAACCUCUCUACUCCUUUGAAGACAACUCAGAUUAUGUUUAUGAUGUGAUGUGGUCUCCAACUCACCCUGCCUUGUUUGCCUGUGUGGAUGGGAUGGGCAGGCUUGACCUGUGGAAUCUCAACAAUGAUACUGAGGUGCCAACGGCAAGCAUUACUGUGGAGGGCAAUCCUGCUCUGAACCGUGUAAGAUGGACACAUUCUGGGAGAGAGAUCGCUGUAGGUGAUUCAGAGGGACAAAUAGUUAUAUAUGACGUGGGAGAGCAAAUUGCCGUUCCUCGCAGUGAUGAGUGGACUCGAUUUGGUCGAACACUGGCAGAAAUAAAUGCGAACAGAGCUGACGCAGAAGAGGAAGCUGCAACCCGCAUACCAGCGUAGAUCUUUUAAAAAUAGGCAGCAGUGGUAGACUUGUGAAAGAUUUGAUGCAAAUCUUAAAAGUGUAAGCAUGUGUCAGUUCAAUCAAUAGCUUAAGCGAGGAAUAUAUGGAUUCAACUAUGGACUUUGAAAAUGUAUUAAGAUCACUGAAAAUCAGAUCCUGCAUUACCACUUUUUAUAUAUAAAUUACAAGCACAUUCUUGGAUUUGUGUAACUUUUAAUACAGUUAACUUUGACUUUGCAAGGAACUACUUUUGCUGAAACACUAACCUGGUGUAAAUUUGCUAUUGGGCUUCUGAAAUUUCCACUUUGUAACAGUAUCUACUUCUGAAAAGUAGAAGUUCUGUUUCUAAACUAAACUUUCUAUAUUACACAGACUAACCUUCAUUAGGUAGUAAAUCUCUGAAGCAUUCUUUAAUUUGAACUUUUCAAAUUACCUGUGGAUAUGCAUGCAUAUGUUCCAAGUAAGUUUCAUUGCUUAUAUAUAGAUAAGCCUCAGACUAGUAGUGAGUAAUAUAUGUGAAUAAAAAUUUGUCUGUAGUUACAAAGUUAUUUGACAAUUGGACCUGAAUUAAUGAAAUACAUAUUUAAUACCAAGUUCUUCUGCUUGAAUUGGUGCAUUAAAAGUUGAGAGUGAUUCAUAAAUAAAUAUUAUAUGAGCA